AUGUCUAGCGCCGGUGAUCCCGGCGGCGGGAUCGCAGGGCCUGGGCGCGCGGCGCGGCUGCCGCGGUGGACGCGGCAGGAGAUACUGGUCCUCAUCGAGGGGAAGCGGGUGGUGGAGGUACGCGGGCGCGGCAGGGGCAGGGGAGCAGCGGGCGGAGCGGCCGCGGAGCCGACCAAGUGGGCGGCUGUGGCGGAGUACUGCCGGCGGCACGGCGUGGAGCGGGGCCCCGUGCAGUGCCGGAAGCGGUGGAGCAACCUCGCCGGCGACUACAAGAAGAUCAGGGAGUGGGAGCGCUCGCUGCCGUCCUUGGCGGGGAAGGAGGUAUCCUUCUGGGCCAUGCGGAACGACGCGCGGCGGGAGAGGAGGCUCCCGGGCUUCUUCGACCGCGAGGUGUACGACAUAAUCGAGGGCCGUGGCAGCGGCGGCGGCGGCAUCCGCGACAGUGGCAGUAAUGCGGCCGUGGCGCUCGCGGAGACUGGGGAGGAGGAGGGCAAGGAGAAGCUGGUGUUCGACAGUGGCCGCGCGUCCGCGGCCGGGGACGACGGGCUGUUUUCGUCCUCAUCGUCGUCCGAGGAAGAGGACGAGGAAACGUCCACGCCAGCGCCUGCGCCUGCGCCUGCGCCGGUGCCGGUUCUGCCGGCGGCUCCAUAUCCGCCUCCAUCUCAGGUGCCCACGGUGGUGGCCGUCGCCGUGCCCGUGCCUGUACCCGAGAAGAAGACCGAGGCACCUACGCAAGGGAGCUCAGAGCAAGCAGGGACAUCCAAAGGCAAGCAACAAGAAGAAAUUAGAAUUACCGAUGAGCCGCCACUACCGCAGGGUGGGCAGAAGAGGCAGCGCAGCGAUGAUGCCCCAGGAGAAACCGCUGACCUGCAGGGCAAGCUUGUUGAGAUUCUAGACCGGAGCAGCCGGAUGGUGGCGGCGCAGCUGGAGGCGCAGAACAUCAACUGCCAACUGGAUAGGGAGCAGAGGAAGGACCAAGUGAGCAGCUUGCUAGGUGUGCUUGGCAAGGUGGCUGAUGCCCUCUACAGAAUUGCUGACAAGCUGUAG